AUGAAAUCAACAAUUUUAUUAUUAAUAUUAAUAUUAGGAUUAAUUUAUGUUUCAAAAUCAACAUCAAUAAUUAAUACAAAUUCAAUCAAUGUCGUUAAUGAUGUUAAAUUUGAACCAGCAAAACCAAUUCAUAGUCUCUAUAAAACAAUGUACAUUUUAGAUACUAAUGAUUUUGGUUUAAUUAAUUCAACACUCAUAAAUAUCUAUAAUGCUUAUAGAGAUCCAAGAUUAAUUAAUAGAUUAGAGAUAAUUUUAGUUGCAUUUGGAAAAGGUUAUAAUGUUUAUUUAAAUUCAAAUCCAGAAUUUCAACCAAUGUUAACAAGUUUACAAAAUUCAGGUUGUGUUUUUGUAUUAUGUAAUAAUACAAUCAAUGCAUAUCAUUUAAAUUUAAAUGAUUUAUUCCCAGGUGUUAAUCCAGUACCAUCUGGUAAUGGUGAAAUCAUUCUUAGACUUGGUGAUGGUUGGACUUCAAUUCAUCCAUAA